CCACUAAACAGAAAGAGCUGCAAUCAUCAUAUGGCACAGUCAAACCUAUCCAAUGUGUCCGCCCACAUUCCAUCACAUCCCUCCCCUACCGACCAAUAAUGCUACUAAAAUAUCCAAUGUCCAGAACCCCUUUCACUAGCUCUCGAUUCUGUUUUCCACUACUGUAUCUGGGCAGAUCAUCGAUCGUCAUCAAAAGAUCAGAGUGUUUUGUACAAUAAUGGCGGAGAAUUCAGGAGCAAAACAAGGGACCGCCUCCCUCUUCUCUCCUUACAAGAUGGGCAAGUUCGACCUCUCUCACAGGGUGGUGCUUGCGCCCAUGACGAGAUGCAGAGCGUUAAAUGGAAUUCCACGGCCAGCGCUUGCGGAGUACUACGCGCAAAGGACAACCAACGGUGGGUUUCUCGUAAGCGAAGGCACUUUGGUCUCCAACACAGCCGCCGGGUUUCCGCAUGUUCCUGGGAUAUACAACGAAGAACAAGUGGAGGCAUGGAAGCAGGUGGUGGAUGCAGUUCACGACAAAGGUGGCAUAAUUUUCUGCCAACUGUGGCAUGUCGGCCGUGCAUCUCAUCAAGUUUAUCAACCUGGCGGGGCCUCACCAAUUUCAUCAACAAACAAACCCAUAUCAAGUAGGUGGAGAAUUCUCAAGCCAGAUGGGUCCUACGGCGCAUACCCGAAGCCUAGAGCCCUGGAAACUUAUGAGAUACUGGAUGUGGUGGAGCAUUAUCGCAAGGCAGCCUUGAAUGCCAUUCGAGCAGGUUUCGACGGAAUUGAGAUUCAUGGGGCGCAUGGGUACCUCAUUGACCAAUUCUUGAAGGAUGGGAUAAAUGACAGAACAGACGAGUAUGGUGGGUCAAUUGCAAAUCGCUGCAGAUUUUUAAUGCAGGUGGUUCAAGCAGUAGUUGCAGCCAUUGGAGCAGAACGAGUUGGCGUCAGAAUUUCACCAGCAAUUGAUCAUCUUGAUGCCACAGACUCUGACCCGCUUGGCCUAGGCUUGGCAGUGAUUGAUAGGCUCAACAAGCUUCAACUAGAACUGGGCUUAAAGCUCACUUAUCUCCAUGUGACUCAGCCUCGAUACACUGCUUAUGGCCAAGCAGAAUCAGGCAGACCCGGCAGUGAAGAAGAGGAAGCUCAGCUGAUGAGGGCCUUGAGAAAAGCUUAUCAUGGAACAUUUAUCUGUAGUGGUGGCUUCACUCUGGAGCUAGGAAUGGAAGCUCUGUCUCAGGACGACGCUGAUUUGGUAUCCUACGGUCGCCUUUUUAUCUCAAACCCCGAUUUGGUCUCGAGGUUUAAGAUCAACGCACCCCUAAAUAAGUAUAUCAGAAAAACUUUCUAUACCCAGGACCCUGUUGUUGGGUACACAGACUACCCAUUUCUGGAAAAGGGACCAUUAUCCCGCCUCUGAUCACGACUCACGAGCUGCAUGCAUGCGUAAGGUCUUAAUUUGCAUAUCUUGUGUUUGUGUUUGAUGAACUUGAUUUUCGUUGUCGAGAAAGCAUAGCUAACUUGUUCAAGUUAUAUAUAUGCAUGUGGAGUGUAAAGCCAUAGAAAUGGCAGCAAAGGCGGAGAUCCCUGGCCUGCCUAAAGAUUACUCUUCACUAA